AUGGUUUUAAAUAAUAGACAAGCUCUAGAUUACCUCCUAGCUGAACAAGGAGGAGUCUGUGUUGUCAUCAACAAAACCUGUUUCGCCUACAUUAAUGUGUCUGGAGAAGUGGAAACUAGUGUCCAAGACAUUUUCAAACAAGCCAAAUGGCUACACAUACUUUCCCAAACCUACGAGAACGUGCUUCUUGCAAAAGAUCUCUUUCAUCCCUCUCCAGAAGAGGAGAAGAGGAAACACAAGAAGAAAUACCUGGUGCAGAGCCCCAGUUCCUACUUCACGGAUGUGAAAUGCCCAGGACGCUAUAAAAUCACCACGGUCUUUAGCUAUGCACAAACAGUAGUUUUGUGUGUUGGCUGCUCUACUGUCCUCCACUUGCCUACAGGAGGAAAAGCAAGAUUUACAGAAGGAUGUUCCUUCCGGAGGAAGCAGCGCUAA